AGCUUCUUGAUGCCAAUGACUGGUUUGGACAACACGAAGGCAACAACAAUGAGAGCUUUCCUACUGCUGGCGCUGGUCGCCCACUCCUUUGCUCUGCCUCUGCCGUCCGGGGACCAAGACAGCUGGCUUUUAGCGGAGAAGUACCUCCGUCGGUUCUAUGACCUCCCAGCUGGUCUCCAAGGUAGACAGAGGUCCGCAGGUGCCUUUGAGGACAAGAUCAGCGAGAUGCAGAGCUUCUUCAAACUCAAGGUGACGGGGAAUCUGGACGACAACACUUUGGAGCUGAUGAAACAGGCCCGCUGUGGCGUCCCGGACGUCGGGGAGUACAACCACUUCCCUCGACACCUCAAGUGGCCGAACAACAAUGUCACAUUCAGGAUAGAGAAUUAUACACCAGAUCUGCAGAAGUCUGAUGUAGACAGAGCCAUCCGCAAAGCACUGAACAUUUGGUCUGAUGUCACCCCUCUGAUCUUUAAGAAGCUGCACGUCGGCAACGCUGACAUUAUGAUCAGUUUUGGAAGUAAAGAGCAUGGAGACUUCAACCCCUUCGAUGGGCCUGAUGGAUUGCUUGCUCAUGCCUACCCACCGGGCCAGGGCAUCGGAGGAGACACUCACUUUGAUGAGGAUGAACAGUGGACCAAAGAUUCAUCAGCGUACAACCUGUUCAUAGUGGCGACCCACGAGUUGGGCCACGCCCUCGGCUUGUCCCAUUCCACAGACCCGGGCGCCCUGAUGUACCCCGUCUACUCGUACACGCCGGGCUUCCCGCUGUCCGAGGAUGACAUUAAAGGCAUUCAAGCUCUCUACGGCCCAAACCCAAACUCAAAGAAAGUGAAGCCAAAGCCUGACGCACCCAACAAAUGUGACCCCAUGUUGAGCUUUGACGCCGUCACAGAGCUCAGAGGGGAGACCAUCAUCUUCAAAGACAGAUUCUACUGGCGUCUCCAUUCUCAGAUGCCGGAGCCUGAGCAGACACUGAUCAAGUCCACGUGGCCCUCCCUCCCCAACAAGGUGGACGCAGCGUACGAGUACCCAGAGAAGGAUCAAGUCAUCAUAUUCAGCGGGAUCCGAAUGUGGGCUUUGAAUGGAUACAACCUGGUGGACGGUUACCCAAAGUACAUCCACAAACUGGGUCUUCCCAAGAAAGUGAGGGAAAUAGAUGCGGCUGUGCACAUCAGGGACACCGGGAAAACUCUGCUCUUCACCGAUGAGAAGUAUUGGAGCUACGAUGAAGCAGCAGGCACCAUGGACAGCGGCUACCCGCGGUCCAUCGAGGUGGAUUUUCCCGGGAUGGGUGACGAGGUCGACGCGGCUGCAUAUCGCUAUGGAUUCUUGAAUUUCUUCCACGAACACAUACAGUACGAGUACAGUUACACCUCAAGGAAGGUCAUUCGCAUCAUGAGGACCAACUCCAUCCUCAACUGCUGAGGACAAGGUCUGCAACCGCCAACGGGGACUUUAUAAUAUGCGCAUACGAUAACAUAAAUGCAAACAAACAUGCACGUUAAAAAUGACGAUGCAGUUCGUUGAAUGAGCAAGGAAGUGGAGCCAUGCAGGGUUGACCUGUUAAAGUUUAUUUGUACUAGUGCUGGACACCUGUCGGUCAUACAGUAUAAUUUGUGCUGGAAAAAUUCCUCAGAAAUGUAUUUUCUUUGAUUAUUUUAUUUAUAUUUAUUUCACAUCUCUAUAUUCGUACUACAAGUUUCUCUACAAACAGCAAGAUCCUUAGCAGGUUAAGUUUCUUGUCCGUAUCAGUUUGUCUGAUUUUGUGAGCUCUGUAUUUGACCAUAGUGUACAUGUUUCACUGACUUUAAUAUUUCAACAAAGAGCUUAGCAGUUUAAUAUAUUCUUCUUUUUUUUUUUUUAAGUUUUGUGAAUUACAAUAAAAGCAGUGACAUUAAGUUGAAUUGAUGAUUGUGUGCUGAAGAGCUGAACGUAAAGUGAUAAUAAUGUACCAUUUAGUGACAUUUUGAGGGACAAUAUUUCAUUUAAAUAAUUGUAUAUCGAGUAUGUUUUCACAUGAAUGGGACUCUGUAGGAAAUAUAUACUUACUCAAACCAGUAAGAACACACUGCUUUUACCAGAUGUCAUUGUACUGUCAUAUGUCUGACACGUGAUCAUUUUGGUCUGUAUUUUCAAAAAUCUUUUUACAAAAUGGUUGAAAUGUGUUAAAUAAAAUGUCAGGAAACUAAA